UAUGAAAAAUUCAAUUUUUAUAAUUUAUAAUUCCAACAAUUUAUAAGAGUACUCCCAAUCAUAAUAAUACUGUUACGAAUCUCCAUUCCGUUUUGCCACGGGCGAUCGAACGAAGGCCGAUAUGAAGUUCGAACUCCGACGUCGAGCUCGAAUAAUGUAAACAACAGAACCCCGGGGAAAACAUCGCACUCAGCUCCCGAAUAAAUGGAAAAACAUUUGAGACCUUCAGUCGUUUAUUGAUGUUAACACAGACCGGACUCUGUUCGUGGACGCUUGUUGUUUUUCCCGGUGCGAAUAAAAUUCCGCGUGACAAAAGUGAUAUUUCGCGUUAAUCGUUGUUUUGACAUUCGUUCAUCGGAGAGAAUAACAAUUUGAUUUAGUGGGAUUCUAAAAUGAUUUUCUUUUCGAUUAAAAUUUUCGGCCCGAGUGUUUGGUUUCGGUUUUCGACAAAUGAGUAAAUAAAACAUAGUGAAUAUGUAGCAUUGAGCAAACUUCGCACGAAGGAUUUUAGUACGACAUUGAUCAAAUCUUAUUUUCAUCGACGACUCCUUCGUUGAGUAAACUAAACGAAGGAUUUUUCUUCUAUUUACCUUUUUUUCCGACGCUCGAAAGUAGAUCAUAUAUAUAUAUAUAUAUAUUGAGGAGAGAUUCGAGCGUUACUAUUAUAUCAUCAGAAUGGCCAAACGUAAAUUUCCCAGUUACUUCAGUGAGGUACCAGGGGAAGAUGAUACGGAGGAAGAUGAUAGCGCGAGCGACAACGAAAUGCGAACCGCUGGAGCAAUAACGGAGAAACGACGACGACGCGUCAGUGACGUGAUCGACAGGCAGAUCGAGUUUGAAGACUCUGUUUCCGAAGGUUUCACGACGCCCCGACGACACGGAACCGAAGUCGAAACGACUUCACCGGAUCAGGGAUAUUGUACCACACCCGAUUCACAUAAUUUAUUCAUGCCGGAUUGGCUACAUAAAACUCGAGACCUGUCAGAUGCAACGCCAAAUACCUUUGGUGAAGCAUCCGGUAUCUCUAGGAGUUGCAGUAACUCAACGACAAACGUAACAGCUCCGAUGCCGGUGCCAAUCGACGCCGAGCGUUAUAACAUGAAUCAUAAAAAUCGCGGAAAAUGUAUUGUCUUUAAUCACGAAUAUUUCGACACGGGUUUCGAGGAUCGAGUGGGAUCGACCGUUGACGCGAAAAAGAUUCAGCAAACUUUUCUCAAUCUUGGAUUUGAAGUGGAAAUUCUCGAUAAUCUCGUCCACGUUGAGGUCAUUGACAAAAUAACUAAGCUCAGCGAGGAAGAUCACGGGGACUCCGACUGUAUCUGUAUAUUCGUGCUCACUCAUGGCCUGUCGAACGACAUGAUCUUCGCAAAAGACGUGGCCUACAAAGCGGACAAGAUCUGGAAACCAUUUACCGCCGAUAAAUGCAAGUCUCUCGCUGGGAAACCUAAACUUUUUUUUCUUCAGGCAUGUCGAGGCGAUGAAUUGGAUGACGGCGUUACUCUGAUGGCACGUUCACGUAGAUACGGAAACUCCGAAACAGACUCAAUCGUCACUUCAUACAAAAUCCCAACGCACGCUGACUUUCUUAUUGCUCACAGUUCUGCACAAGGUUUCUACUCAUGGCGGAAUCCAACGAAAGGUACAUGGUUCGUUCAAUGCCUGUGCGAAGUUCUAGAUGGGUACGCCGAUACGACAGAUUUGUUGAAGAUGCUGACGAUAACGGCUCGGAAAAUAUCUACAGAACUGGAGUCGUACAACGAUUUAAAUCCCACGCAGAGUGGAAGAAAACAAGUUCCUUCGAUAACGACGAUGCUCCUCAGGGAUAUUUAUUUCACUCCGAAAUAAAAAGUUACAACGAACGACAUAAACGCUCGAAUUAUGGAGCUGGAAAGGUGCGUUAUCGAGUCGAAUUACUCGCGAAGUUAUUCAAAAAGAAAGUUAUUUUUGUUCAUUCGUUCGAAAAGAAAUGUCAUUACUCCGACAUAUGACAGAAGGGUCGAGUUUAAAAAUGAUUCCGAUUUUCCUUCAUUUUUUUUGAGAUUUUUUUCUAUUUUUCAUAAUCUCAGUCAGAACAAUCGAUCGGGUUAUUUAAUUAAUAGGUUUGAAAAAAAAACAUGUAUUUUUACCGUGUAUAAACUUGUUUUUGUUAUAACGUUUGUUGUUCGAACACGAAGACAUUCGGUUUGUUACUUUUCUAAUAAAACCAUACAAACCAAUAUUUUCUGAUCACCAUUAAGAAUAAUAAUUUUUUUUUUUCUUCCGUUUAAGAAGAUCACAUUGCAAUAGAAAAUUCGAUUUUUAUUUGUCGAUACGAGAAUAUCGAUUGUUAUCGGUUGAUCAGAAAACCUUUUGAGAACGAAUCUCCCAAAAAUAAUGUAACAACCCUUUUGACGGUAUCGUUUGUUCUGACUCGCAUUGGAAAGUUUUGCCAAAGGUUUCAAACGGUUUACGAAUAACGAUCCUUUGUCAAUCAGUCAGGGAUUUUCUUAGUGUACUUCACUAUUCGGUGAUAAUAAAAAUUGUCAAUCGGAGCUGUUUCCAUAUAUAGUUCCAUAUAUAUCCAUGCGUGAGACGCAUUCGAGUGGAUAACGAUUGGAAUGAAACUCUCAGGAAAUCACUACUCCCUUUUGGUCCAACGAACCUCUCUUUGAUCCAACGAUCACGAAACGUUGUGAGAGCUAUGAAAAUGCAAUUGACAAGUAUUUAUUUAUUUAUUUUUUCUUUUUCCAUGCGACACUGUUCUUAUAGUCCUCACGAAAUUUUUUGUCAUAAUUUUUUAUAGCUCAAUUAUUUUGUAAAUGGUAGUUUUAAUAUUGCUCGAAUACUUAACUUAAACACGCCGAUUAACUUAAUGUUAAAUCCCAUAAGAAUUUCGAUUCGUUGAUCCAAGCUGUGCGAAUUAACAGGUCUUUUAGAAACGUGAUCGGGAAAGGCUAUGAGCGAAUAAUGUGAGAAUGCUAUUAAAGAGCGAGAUAUUGAUUUCCGAUACUAGCACAAUUUCUGUUAAUAAAUAUAAUUGGUUCUGCUUGCUCCAGACCUCUUAUUUCCGCACGUCGCAUAUCUUGGUUUGGAAUGUGCUCCACUCGUAUGGGAAAGUACCAAGUAACCUUCAACGAAAUGAUUUGUCACGCUUUUCAAUUAAAAUCCUCGAUCAAAUAAAACUGCCAAACUGUACAUGUCCACUCGUAUCAUUAAUGAAAUAUACAAUCAGUUACUCACCACUUGUCUUGCAUUGAAAAAAUACUCUAAUGUAUUGUCAUUGCAUUAUUGUAGAUAAUUGACAACAAGGCGGAUGAAAAAACUAUAAUGCCUGACUUUUAUGCAAAGUGGCAAAGUAUUGCAUAAAACUCGUACUCUUGUUUACCCUUGUGUAUAUCUUAUUAGGGACAUAAAAUUUCAAAGAGAAAA